AUGUCGAUUCUCAGGGGCAAUGUGUACGACAGCCCCGCAAGACGUCGUAGCGCUUUCACCAGGUUAGCCAGGUUCCAUCAUCCAGCCAAGCAGGUAGGAAAGCGUGCAGAUGAGCAGAAACGUGCAGCCAAGAGGAUGUGCGAGAUCAACCAAGCGAAGGGUAUUCUUUGCGAUGAAGGGCGCAUAAGGGCUUGUGGCGAAGUGGGCGCCGUGUUCGAGUUUGAGUAUGAAGCAUGGAAGAAGUCGACCGAAGCUCCAAGCCCGGGUAUCAAAGGAUCUGUGGGCAAGUAUUAUCCAUCUUGUUGA